GUGAGCUGUGAUUGGUCACAGCUUGUCACAUGGUACAAGGCUGCUGUGAAUGGCCUUGUACUAUGUGACCUCUGUGAUCAUUCACAGAUUUUAUAAGUAGUAAGCAAUGAUGUCAGAAGUGACAUCUUGCUUACUACUGUUCAUGUGAUGACUGAUUGGCCAAUCAGUGAUCACAUGAUCGGGACCUCACACAGAGGUCCUGUACAGCGAUCGGUGUUCCUCUGCGGGCUCCAGAUCGCGCGAUCGGAUCGCGGUGCCGCGCACUCCCAGGGAGUGCGCACAGUCCAAAAUGGAGGGCGCCAUUUAUGA